UUCGUGGUACAAAAUGGCGCCUGACUCAGGGCCCGCGGCCCGCUCUGUGCCAGUUGAAGUUCGACGGGCCCCGUUGGUGCGACGCGCACCGUGCAUUAUAACUAUUCGCGGUGAACUAAACGAAACUAUAAAAAACAAAUAGAGAAAAAGUUCCUAGAGGGAUCGUUGAAGCCGCAGACUUGCCAGAAGAUCCGAAGACAUAGCAAUUUAGGUGGAUAGGACCUGACGAGGCUCCAAAAUGGUAGUUUUCGGGCUGGUCUCGGCUGUAGCCGGGUUUCUCAAGGUUCGAUACCUGAUAGAUAAGGCUAUAAUUGAUAAUAUGGCUUUUCGAGCUCACUACAGGAUAACAUCAGCAAUCCUUUUUGCUUCUUGCAUCAUCGUUACCGCCAAUAACUUAAUCGGUGACCCUAUAAAUUGUAUGGCUGAAAGUUCGUUACCUCAGCAUGUGAUUAAUAACUAUUGUUGGGUAACCUCCACCUUUACUCUCCCGGAGAACAAUAUGAAGUCUAUCGGGACUCACGUCGCACAUCCCGGUCUGGGACUUGACACGGGAGAGAAGAGAUACCACUCUUAUUAUCAGUGGGUACCCUUCAUGCUGUUCUUCCAAGGAAUUCUCUUUUAUAUUCCACAUUGGAUGUGGAAACAAUGGGAAGAAGGAAAAAUUAGGAUGAUCUCAGAGGGCAUGCGGGGUGGCUCGGUUGAUAAUAAAGAAGAAAGGCAAGCCCGGGCCAACAGACUCGUCCAAUACGUCUAUGAUACUUUACAUUUGCACAACAGUUACGCAGCUGGAUACUUCUUUUGCGAAGCAUUGAACUUCGUCAACGUGGUCGGCAAUAUAUUUUUUGUGGACACUUUCUUAGGUGGUGCAUUCUUGACGUAUGGCACGGAUGUAGUGAAAUUCAGCAACAUGAACCAGGAGAACCGUCGCGAUCCAAUAAUUGAGAUAUUUCCCACAGUUACGAAGUGUACUUUUCACAAGUAUGGUUCGUCUGGAACUAUUCAGAAGCUCGAUGCUCUCUGUGUGUUGGCCCUCAACAUUCUCAAUGAGAAGAUAUUCAUCUUUUUAUGGUUCUGGUUCAUCAUUCUCGCAGUUAUAUCUGGAAUCGCGCUUCUCUACAGUAUCGCUGUAGUUUUACUGCCAAGCACCCGCGAAACCAUUUUGAGGAGACGUUUCAAAUUUGGAACGGCAGCUGGAGUCAAUGCCCUCGUCAGAAAAACUCAGGUCGGAGAUUUCUUGCUGCUUCAUCUGCUUGGUCAAAAUAUGAACAUUGCAGUAUUCAACGAAGUAUUGGACGAAUUGUGCCGCCGUAUGCAUUUGGGAUCUAGCAGCGGAACGUCACCCGCAUCUGUGCCAUCAGCUCCGAGCACCAUGGAGAUGUCUCCUAUUUACCCGGAGAUCGAGAAGUUUGCGAAGGACACGGAGAUCUGAGGCAAGUGAUGAGCCAACGACUAAGUGGACAUAGGAGUGGCUGUCGCUUACGAGAAGUAAGACAAGCAUCGAAUAAGUGAUACAUUACCUUUUAACUUCGUUCGUAGCUAGAGCUUAGCCUAUCAAAAUGUACCAUUGUCAAAUACGUGCUGAUUUCUAUUUCUUUCAUUUUUAUUUUACGUCAGUCAUUGAAAUUGGAAUUAUUAUCUCUAUGCAUAUUGUUGGAAGAUUCAAUAGAUGGUUUCGAUAGGAACUAUUGUCACUCGCUUCAAUUAUCAUCACUCAAAGUGAUACGUAUUUGCUCCCCGUGGUAUUAUUUCACAAGAGAUUUUAAUGAUGCUUAGUACAGCUUUUGUGGAUCAGUGAAUCUUGUUUGUCGGUAUGUGGCAGCUGUUCUGUCCAAGUACGACAAAGAUAGUAUUUUCAAAUGUGUGAUAACAAAAGAAUGAAUGACUCAGUAGUCAAUAUUGUAUUGAAAAUCUCGCGAUUGUUUAAAAAUUUAUUAGCUCGUUUGAUAGAACGGUGCAUCAACUGUGUGAUUUAAAUGGAAUUGGGUAUAAUGCAAAAAACGCAAAAAGACAAAGACUAUGCGCGAACAUGGGUGGGACUAUCUAACGGACAUUCUGACGCGAUUCGAAAAAUCAUCUGCGAUCUCUUCACUUUCAUGCUUUCAUUUUUCAAUUAGAGGGACAUAAUCUAGCGAGUAUGAGUUUGGUAUAUAAUUUUUUUUUUAAAUCUCACCAUAGAAGUCAAAUGACAAGAAUUCAUUAGUAUUACUCAUUUAGUUAAUGUCUUAUUGGGCAUUCAUCUCACCGAGGGUUUUUCUCGAAAUUGUAGAUACAUAUUACUAUGUUAAGAAUUUGAAUUCUACGCGCAAAUAUCGGUAUCACAGGUCCGUCGCGAUUGUUUUACGCGAAUCGAGCCUUAUUUCGAUUUGCGGAAUCGAUAGAAAGGAUUAACUAAAAUUGAAUUGUUUAUUUUCUCCAUAAUAUAACGUCGAUGUGCAAUUUACUGCGGUAAUUUGGGUUCAAUGGCAUAUUUCGUUGUCAUUAUUGAUGUUGAUCUAUCUUUCUCAUUAAGUUCUGUUGCGGCACAUCAUGAGUAUGCUGCAUAAUCUAGACCUAUCUCUAGGCAUAAUAUUUGCGUAUCGUUUCUAUUCUAUCCAUAUGAGAUUUCGAUAAAUUGUUCAUAAAUGUAGACCCAUGCACAUAGCCUACGUUUCCACCGCCUAGUAUGUGCCGAUAAUAGAAUUUUAUUCUAGGUAAUUGAGUCAGCGCAGAGAGAAUAGAAUAUAAUUUUUUUAGACACUGGAUUAGAUCUCCGUUAAAAAUUAUAUGAGAUAAUUUUGCUCUGAUUGUGAGCGAUGUCUUACAGUAUAUAAGUUGGUUGGUUUCGGAGAAGAAACUGAAUAAGUAGAUGUUGCAUGGGUACCUACAUUACGCUACUUGACAGCAUAUAGCGCGAUUAGGAAAAUUAAGGUCAUACAAUCUAUGAGUAAAUGAUUAAUACAUAGGUAUCGUAAUGCUCACUUGUAAAAACUGCACAAAAAAGUGAGACUGAGACUGUUAAUUUGUGCAACACCCUACUUACAAUUAGUUUAUGUAUACAAUAUACAUACAUAAUAUAACUGAAUAAACAAAAAAGAAAAAUGCUUACGGCAUACCAA